CAUUUGCACCUCUCUUCCCACACCUUUAUUUCUCUGCCCCCACACAGACACAAAGCCAGGGAGACAUGGCAUUUCCUAUUAAUGUGCCUCUGCCAGUUCUUUGGAUUCUGAUUAUAAUUUCAUCAGGAGCCAAAAUAUGUGAGUCCGCAAGAGUUUUUACCCUAAUAAAUAAUUGCAAAGAGACAAUUUGGCCGGGAGUUACCCCAGGUGAGAAUUUUAACGGUGGCGGCUUUACACUAAAACCAGGGCAAUCUAUAGUUUUUACUGCCCCAGUGGCCUGGUCGGGCCGUAUUUGGGGUCGAACCGGCUGCGACUUUGACAAGAAUGGCAAUGGGUCAUGCGAGACCGGGGCAUGUGGUACUACCUUCAAGUGCGGAGCCUCAGGAAAGACCCCAUCUACACUUGCUGAAUUCACCCUUGCUGAUCCAGACUUUUACGAUGUUAGCCUUGUGGACGGUUUUAACUUGCCAAUGGCUGUGAAACCCAUCAAUGGUAAGGGAAACUGUAGCGUUGCUGGUUGUGACGGGGACUUGCGGCCCACUUGCCCGGCUGAGCUUGCCCUCAAGGCCCACGGGAAGGUUAUUGGGUGCCGAAGUGCAUGCGAUGUGUUCGACACCGACGAGUACUGUUGCCGAGGAGUUCAUGGGAACCCCUCUACAUGUCAACCAACAUUUUAUUCCAAGAAGUUCAAGGAGGCAUGCCCUACUGCCUAUAGUUAUGCAUAUGAUGAUCCCACCAGCAUAUUUACCUGCUUUGGGACGGAUUAUGUCAUCACUUUCUGCUCAACCAGGAGCCAACCGGUGUGCACGUAUCAUAACAACAAGCUCGUCUGCAGCGAUAAUUCAAACGCUGGGUUUAAAUCUCCGGUUGGAAGAUGGUGGGCUCUGAUUCUCGCGGCCAUUUUCAUGGUUAAUUCGUGGACUAAUUAGUUAAAAGCAAACCUUUUUUCUUUUCUUUUCUUUUUUUCUUUUUUAAUUGUUUUUUUGAGCGUUUGAGCUUUUAUGUUCCAUAUAGCACCCGUAAAUAUGGGAUGUAUACAUUUAUUCGUUUGUUUAUUAUUUCAUCUAUUUAUUCAAGGGGAAUAUGGAACUGCAUUUACUUAUUCUGAUGUAAAUUAAUGCAUAAUAGAUGUAUUA